AUGUCGCCUCCUGAAUUCAAGUCUGUCACUGUCGAGAAGCCUCUUCCAAACACCUACGACCUUGGUAACUUGGCUACCUUCGACCCAAACCCACUCGAUGCAGACAAGCUCAAGGACCCUGAGCAGAAAGAGAAAUACUUGGCCGAGGUUACCAGAGACAACCUCCAGCUUCUAAUCAACCAGAUUUUGUCUUUGCCUAUCAAGACCACCACUGACACACACGGCUCGUCCACUGGCCAAGACUCGACCAUGGCCCUCAUACACUUGCCAGAGCCAACGACAAUCUUGCCCAGAGAGAAGUCCAUUCCUAAGGCCAAGCCACAGACCAAGUGGGAGAAGUUCGCUGCCAUCAAGGGUAUCAAGGCCAAGGCCAAGGACGGAAAGAUGGUGUACGAUGAGGCUACCGGCACCUGGGUUCCUAAGUGGGGUUACAAGGGUAAGAACAAGGAGCUCGACAACCAGUGGUUGGUGGAAGUUGAGGACAAGGUCAAGGGCACUGCAGACGAGCUUAUUGACCCUCGUACGUUGGCUCGUGCUGAGAGAAAGAAGUUGGUGAAGAAGAACGAGUUGCAACAGAAACGUAACUUGAGAAACCAACAAGCUUAG